UUCCAUCUCAUCUUCCCAGACCUCUCCCCCGAAUUCCCCUGCGAUCCCCCCGGAGAAUGUUCGAGAGCCGAUCCCUAGUUUUCUUCCCCACAUCAUCCCACUUUCCCGUAAACUCCGAUAGUAUCCCGACAACGCUUCGGGGUUCCAUGGAAUUCACCGAAAAAUUAUCACACAGUUCCCGAAAUUUACCGACCGAGGCCCACCGAUUCUUCCUUCACCAACAACAACAACGCCAUGGGCCGUAGUCACAGUUCCCGAGGCGGUACACGUGGUGGUCAAGGCUUGUUUGACUGGGAAAACGUGAAGAAGGACCACCAGCGUGAAAACUAUCUAGGACAAUCGCUGUACGCUCAGACUGGCCGCUGGGCAAAAGGAAAAGACUUAGAAUGGUGGUCGAAAGGUAAGACAACAAUUGCUGAAUCCUCUGCCCGACCAUCGGAAAGAGAUGAAGCCAAACGAGAGAUUGAAGAAAUUAAGCGCAGGGAACAGGAAUUGCUUUCACAGAUGAUCGGUGGACCCGGCGUGCCAUUGAAACAUCAAACACAAAAAGAUUCAACAAGAACACAGUCUGAAGCUGUUGUCGACGAACGCGAACGCAGAAUUCGUAAGCACAGACAUCACAGCGAACACGAACACAGGCGAAGACAUCGCCAACAUCGACGUCAUGACGACAAACAUGAAUCGCGCGAACGCCGUUGAUUGGCGCGCAACCAGUUUUGUGCGAUCCAAUUAAAAAAACUAGCGAAAAGUUUAAGUUCCUUUCCGCGACAGGAACGGUUUUGCAUGAAAAGCAAGGAAAUGCUAAGUUUUCAUACAGCUAAAGCAUUACACUAAGUAGAUACAACCUCGUUCCUGUCCAGGCGCAACUGAUUUCACCCAGUUGGUCCCGCCUGCUUGUUCUCAUUCCAGCAUUAUAAAAAGAACGUAUUUCAUGAUAUAA